GUUCUCUUCAGUAGAAGUAAAAAAGAGACAAUUUGGCGAUAUGAAACCUCGUCUACAAUUCAAACAUGAACGCCAAGACAAUGCGGCGAAGCUCCCUCAGAUAACCCUCAGGUCAAAUGUGUAAACCACCACUCCAAAAGUCCGUCCGUCUCGAAAGUUCUAGUGAAAAUGGGUGCGGGAUCCUCAAAGGUUGCGCGCAAAUUACCUAGAAAUGCGACAGCCGCCUCUGUCGCCGCCGCGUCGCGUUCUGGCGCCGCUGCCGCACCAAGAGCUCCCCCUCCUCGCGUAAACGGGGGACAGGAGGCCCCGUCGCAGUCGCAGAUGGAUUCAGCUUCAUCAAAUACCUAUGAAGAAGCAGCAGCAGCAGCAGCGACGCCGACUCAAGAUCAGCUUCACCACGGUCACCAGCACCACCACCACCAUCAACAACCACCUACAAGGACAUCAUCAUCAUCAUCAUCAACAACAACAACCUCCUCAUUCCCAUCUCCUUCAACAGGAUCAGGUUCUCCCCUCGACGCAAUCGGCGACCCCGCCUUCGCCGCCCGUCUCCGCCAACUCUCCGCCACCGUCCAGCCCAACCCCAUCCACUCGCCGUCGUCCACCGUCUCCGUCCAUCCUCAACCUCAGCUUCAAUCACAGCACCUUCCGCAGUCCUCUUCCUCCUCCUCUUCCUCCUCCUCUUCUUCCCAAUUCCUUCAGUCCCACCAGUUUCCUCCUUCCAGGCGACUGUUGCCCCCUUCUCAGUCUCAAUCUCAAUCUCAAUCUCAAUCUCAACCUCACGCACAACAACAACAAGCCCCCCAAAAGGAAAACAUCCCCACGCUCCUCUCGCCCUCGUUCCCCGCUCUGCAAUCCAACGCCACCCUCACCGCGCUUGAUGCGCGUAAAGUCUUGGAGCGCAGAUACGAAGAGGAGAUGGAUAAGUUUGGGAGAAACGACAAGAGCUUCCAGGGCCGGGAAUUCUUGUCGGUGCAGAUGGUCAAGGAUGUGUUUGAGUUGAGGAAGAGGGGGGCGAGCGAGGAGGAGAUUGAGCGACGGUUGGGAUUGGCGAAGGGGGUGGUUAGAGGGGUGGAAGGGGGUGGGGUUGUGAAGGCUGUUACAGCGUAGGUGUUGGUAGUGGAGGCGCGGGCUUAAAGGAAGGUAGGUAGGUAGGUAGGUAACUGUGGUUGGGAGGUGAAGUGUAUUGAGGAGUGGAUGGGGAUUAUGAUGAUGAACUGGGUGAAGCAAAAGGGAAAAGAAGAAGAAGGAAAUACAGAACUUCAUGGGGUGGUGGUGGUGGUGGUAUCAGGGAGAGAUGUAAGAAGUUGAAGAUCAGGAGAAGACAGGACAUGGUUGCGGUCUAUCUGCGGAGACACAGCACGCGCGCUACGAUAAAGAUAAAAACAAUCACUAUGUCAUGGAAACUAAAAUGUGGAGAGCAUACAGCAGCAUAAAGCUGGAGUUAGACAAGCGGGUGAAUCGAGGCCAAUUGUGUGAAUUAUUAGCGAGGUCUGUAUAGAGGUACAGUCAUGUCGUGAAAAACUACACUGCGUCCAAACCAC